AUGAAAUGGCAUGUUGAUUGUAUUGCUUUACACACAGUAUAUCUCUCCCCGCUUGCCAACAUCCCAGGACCCAAGCUCGCAGCUCUGACCUAUUUGUAUGAGGCUUACUACGAAGUAUGGCUCGGAGGCCAGUACUUCAAGAGAGUUGCGGAAAUGCACAGGCAAUAUGGCCCCAUAAUCCGCGUCACGCCAAAUGAGGUGCACUGGAAUGACCCCGAAUUUCUCGACACGGUCUACCCGACAACGGGAAGGAAGACGGACAAGCCGGUCUGGUUCGCAAAGAGAACGGGCACCCCUUACUCGAUCGUCUCGACACCGAACCAUGACCUGCACCGGCGGCGGCGCAACGCGCUCAACUCCUUCUUCUCGAUUGCCAGUAUCCGCCGCCUCAACGUGGUCAUGAAGCAGUACGUCAACAAGAUGCUCGCCCGCAUGGAGGCCACGGCCAAGCACGCGAGCGACCCGGUCCUGCAGUUCCACCAUAUGUUCAAGGCCUGCGCGAGCGACGUCAUCACCAUCUACGCCUUUGGCGAGUGCUUUGGCUUCAUGGAGUUGCCCGACUUUGGCUGGCCCUUCUUCGAAUCGACCGAUAAGUUCUUCUUUUUGACUCAUCUGUUUUUCCUCAUCCCAGGCUUGGUGAAUUUGGCGCAGAACGCCCCCUCCUGGUUGGUCAGAGCGCUCCUCCCUGGCCUGGCGGAGCUGAGGGACCGGCAGGAAUGGUGGCUCCGGAAAGUGCGCGAGAUCAGGAGCUCGCCAAACCCGGAGCGAGUCAAGAGCACAAUCUUUGAGGGCAUCCUCAACAGCACCCUCCCGCCGGAGGAAAAGACCGACGUCAGGCUGGCUAGCGAGGCCCAGCUGGUCAUAUUUGCGGGCGAGGGCACGACCGCCUACAGCUUGACAUGCGCGCUCUACCACCUUCUCGCCAACCCUCCCGAACUAGCCAAGCUCAAGGAGGAGCUGGCCGCGUCGGGGCUCGAUCCAAACGAAGUCCCGUCCAUUGCCGACGUCGAGGCGCUCCCCUUCCUCAGCGCGGUCAUCCAGGAGGCUGUGCGCCUGCACCCGGGCGUCAUGGCACGCCAGGUGCGCAUCUCGCCCGAGGUGCCCAUCGUCUACGCCGACAAGAAGACAGGCAGGGAAUACGUGAUCCCGCCAGGGACCGUCACGAGCAUGUCGCCCCUCGACACGCACAUGAACGAGGACGCGUUCGAGGACGCGUAUGAGUUCAAGCCUCAGCGCUGGAUCGAAAACCCGAAAUUGGCAAGGUACUUUCAUGGCUUUGCGCGCGGGUCGAGGAACUGUGUUGGCAUGACGCUUGCCCGCCGCGAGAUGGCCAUUAUCCUGGCAGCCAUCUUUCUCAAAUACGAUGUCUACCGCGGCCAGGAAGGGCCGACGCUAGAGCUGUAUGAGACGGAGCGCGGAAGGGAUAUUGACGCGAAUAGUGACUACAUCAUCCCGGCGCCGGCCAAAGGGAGCCACGGGUUGCGGGUCAGGAUUCGGCAUUAA